GAGAACCACAAGCUGUACAAGCAGAAGCUCGAGGAGCUGACCAAGCUGCAGGACGGGAUCUCCAGCUCCAUCGCACGGCAGAAGAAGCGGCUGAAGGAGCUGUCCUUGUCCCUCAGGAAAUGCAAGGCCCACGUCAGCCCCGAGCAGGAGUCGUCCAUCCAGGAGACCCAGAGCCUCAUAAAAGAGAGGCAGAACGUUUUCUUCGAGAUGGAGGCCUAUCUGCCAAAGAAGAACGGGUUGUACCUGAGUCUGGUGCUCGGGAACGUGAACGUGACGCUGCUCAGCAAGCAGGCCAAAUUCGCAUACAAGGAUGAGUACGAGAAGUUCAAGCUCUACCUCACCAUCAUCCUGCUCAUUGUCUCCUUCUCCUGCCGGUUCCUCCUCAACUCCAGGGUGACAGACGCCGUCUUUAACUUCCUGCUGGUGUGGUACUACUGCACCCUCACUAUCCGGGAGAGCAUCCUGAUCAACAACGGAUCCAAGAUCAAAGGCUGGUGGGUUUUCCAUCACUACGUCUCCACCUUCCUCUCAGGGGUCAUGCUGACGUGGUGA